AUGCUGAAGCCGCUGCACAGUCUCGCCACGUCAUUGAACCUUCGGCCCGUGACGUGGCUGGACUUCGUGUAUGGAAAUUCCACCAUCUUCAACUUCCCCGCUGUCGAAGGGAAGGUGGCGCUGACCGUGGAUGACGGGCUUUGCCGCAGCGGCACAGAUCGGUCGAUGAUCCGCGAGGUGCGGCAGCUGCUGAAGGAUCACAACGCAAAGGCCACUUUCUUUCUGUGCACCAACUACGUGGAGGGCUUUGAAACGGAGGCCCGCCACUUGCUGGAUGACGGCCACGAAUUUGCGAACCACUGUCCCAGUGAUGGGGUGGACUACUACGGAAUGAACCCGCCAGAGUUCGAGGAGGAGCUGCUGAGAAGCUGCCGGGUGAUCCAGGAGAUGACGGGGGCGCCACCUCGAUGGUUCCGCGCACCACAAGGGAAGUACUCUGGGAAGAUGCAUGGCUACGUGUCAAAGCAUGGUAUGCAGCACGCUUUGGGCGACUGCUACUGCGAUGACUGGGCCAUCGAGGACUCAGACUGGGUGGCAUCAACACUUCUCUCGCAAGUGCGAGGCGGCUCAGUGAUCAUCCUUCACAUGCCAGAGCGUGGAUUCCGAGAGCACAUUUUCCGAGCCAUGGAGCUGCUGCUGCAAGGCCUUGAGCAGAGAGGCCUCGAAGUGACCACGCUUUCUCAGCUCGCAGAGGGCCGUGCGCCGCCGAGGGCAGGCGCUGCAGCACAAGGAUAUUCAGUGGUCACCCAUCAUGACUUUGGAAAUGUGGAUGGCGUGGUCUUCUCGACAAAGGAGCAGGCGAUGGCGCACUGGAAGGGUCUCUCUCUCUUCUCCGCGCACAUGCUGCUAGGCCCCGAUGGUGAAGAGCUGCGCUACUUCGGCCGCCGCGGUGGCCGUGACGAGGAGAUGCGGCGCUGGGCAGGCUGA